AUGAAUGGGGAUUUAGCAGCUGGAAAGAUGGCAUCCUCUUCUGGCCCCAUGGGCCCCAUCGACAGUCUGGAGCUUCUGGAUCUCCUGUUUGACCGGCAGGAUGGCAUCCUGAGACACGUAGAGAUGGGCGAGGAUUGGGGCCACCUCGAGGACCAGCAGGGCCUGCCAGGUCAGGACUCUGAUGACUUUCUCAGCUCCAUCCUGGGCUCUGGAGACUCAGUGCCCAGCUCGCCGCUCUGGUCUCCUGCAGCCAGUGACAGUGGCAUUUCUGAAGACUUGCCCUCCGACCCCCAGGACACCCCUCCACGCAGCGGACCAGCCGCCAUCCCAGCUGGCUGCCAUCUUGCCGAGCCUGGCAAGGGACCCUGCCUCUCCUACUGUCCUGGGCCCCCAUGCCCCACCAGGACCCCGGGGCCAGUGACCCAAGCGCUGGAGUCCUCAGUGGCCAUAGAUCUAGAAAUGUGGAGCCCAGGAGGAGGCCUCUACGCUGAGGAGCAGGCCAGGCUGGCUGACUCGCCCCUGCGCUGCAAUCUCACGGUGAAAGAUCUGCUCCUCUCCGGCAGCACUGGGGACCUGCAUCAGCCUCACUCAGCAGCCCCACACCUGUUGCGACCUGGACCUGGCCAAUGUCAGGAGCUGGUGCUGACAGAAGACGAGAAGAGGCUGCUGGCCAAAGAAGGUAUCACCCUGCCCACCCAGCUACCCCUCACCAAGUACGAGGAACGGGUGCUGAAAAAAAUCCGUCGGAAAAUCCGGAACAAGCAGUCGGCCCAAGAAAGCAGAAAAAAGAAGAAGGAAUACAUCGAUGGUCUGGAGACUCGAAUGUCAGCCUGCACUGCCCAGAAUCAGGAGUUGCAGAGAAAAGUCUUGCAUCUCGAGAAGCAAAAUCUGUCGCUCUUAGAGCAGCUGAAGAAACUCCAGGCCAUCGUUGUCCAGUCCACCAGCAAGUCGGCCCAGACGGGCACCUGCAUAGCAGUCCUGCUGCUGUCCUUUGCCCUUAUCAUCCUGCCCUCCAUCAGCCCUUUCGCCGCCAACAAAGCCGAGAGCCCCGGGGACUUCACACCCGUGCGAGUCUUCUCCAGAACUCUGCACAACGAUGCUGCAUCCCGCGUGGCCCCCGACGCCAUGCCAGGCUCCGAGGCCCCGGGACCCUGGCCCGAGGCUGGCACACCCCACGAAAAGCCUCCAGGCAGCCCCGGGUUGGACUGGGGCUUUCGGGACACACCGGACCUGGGCAAUUCGACGGGGGAGCUGGACAACUCGACCCUGAUCCUGGGCAACAUGACGGAGAAGCUGGGCCGAGCCACCCUGCUGGACUGGGUGGCACCCGAGCCAGUGCUCAGCCCGAAACGUGCUGGGAUGGAGGCGGCGGGGGACGAGCUGUGA